AUGCGGGUCAUCAUUCGUGACACUACGGAAAGCGCGUCGAGAUAUGCUGCCAGAUGCAUCAUCAACCGCAUAAAUGCAUUCUCUCCGACAGCGGAAAAGCCCUUCGUCCUAGGCCUCCCAACCGGUAGCAGCCCCGAGAUCAUCUACAGACAUCUAGUACAGGCGCACAAGGCCGGCGAGAUCUCAUUCUCGAAUGUCGUGACGUUCAACAUGGACGAAUACGUCGGCAUACCUGAAGACCACCCUGAAUCCUACCACAGCUUUAUGUACAAGCAUUUCUUCGCACAUGUUGACAUUAAUCCUGCCAAUGUCAAUAUCCUCAACGGCAACGCUCCCGAUCUCGCUGCAGAAUGCGCCGACUACGAGUCGAGAAUAGCCAAAGCCGGCGGCAUUGACCUUUUCCUCGGCGGCAUCGGGCCGGACGGACACAUCGCAUUUAAUGAGCCCGGCUCCUCCUUGCGGUCGCGGACAAGAGUAAAGACGCUGGCAGAAGACACAAUCCGAGCCAAUUCUCGCUUUUUUGGUGGUGAUCUGAGUCAGGUGCCGAAACAAGCCUUGACUGUAGGCGUUGGUACGGUCAUGGACGCGAGAGAGGUGCUGGUCAUCGUCCUCGGCGCGAACAAAGCCCUGGCCCUUUCCAAAACCAUCGAAGGUGGAGUGAGUCAAAUGUGGACGGCUAGCGCCCUUCAAAUGCACGAGCGCGCCAUGAUUGUAUGCGACGAUGCGGCAACUGACGAGAUGUUGGUCAAGACUGUCAAGGUGAGCACACAAGACAUGGAGAUGGGGGAGGAUAUGCUAACACGAGCUUCACAGUACUUCAAGAGUAUCGAAAACGUGGCCGACGAGGAAGAAACAGGCAAAGAAACACCUCAGCAACGGCUACCGACAAAAGCCGAGAGUUGGCGAAGUGCCCUGAUGGAUCUCAAGAUCAAUACCGACAAGAAGGAGCAAGUAGCGGCAGAAGACGGGGAAUUGACGCCCGAUAGUAUGUCGUCCAGGUUGGUGGAUUCGGCCAUCGGUAUGAAUGACAGAAAGAUGGACGAUUUCUUGUUUGACAGGAUGGGCUCGAGGGUGUCGACUUUUGCUGCGUAA